AUGCCCAACAGCGGCGGGCGUCCCCUACUUGUGUACUUCAUGGGAUGCUGCGCCCUGGUUGCUGCUGGCGCCCUCUAUCUCAGUGGCAAUGGUGGAGGGAAGGACGAGAGCGAGUUGAUGAGCGCCCUUGUAAGGACGGCGAAGUCACAGCCUGGCAGGCUAGACGAACUUGCGACAGAGACGGCCUCGCUCAAGGUACAUGCGCUGCCAGCCAUGAAACCUUGGAUGCUCAAAUUGUUCGAGGGAGCCCAGAAGGAACAAAGUAGAGAAAACGAAGAGCAGCAGAAGGUUCAAGUGGAGCAGCGAGAAAUUUUAAGUGGCAAGAAGGACGAGAGAGAUCCGUUCAGGCGGCAGGAGCAUCAGUCGCAGGAAUCCGCAACUGCGAUCCACAAACAAGACUUGGACCUGAUCACGAGCAGCAAGAAGUCAGCGCCCUUCGCUCAGGCGCUCGAGCAUGUUCAGAGCGCAAAGAGCAAGACGAUCAAGAUUAUUGAACGUGCGAAGAAACAGAUCAUUGACUUGCUGAACGCGGAGGAGAAGUACGUGAGACAAACGGCAUCUCGGGCCCAAACAAAGUACUUCGAUGAGGGCGUGAUAAAAGUCAGCGACAUCGAUCAACACAAGUCGUUUGCUGCCAAGGACAAUAGACGUGACAGUGCGAGAGAGCAGGAGACGUCAGAGGAGGUGAAGAGAAAGCCAAGUCGUGAGCAGCCAUCGCAUAGCAAGAAGGACUCGAACAUGGAGGAGAAGAGGGAGACGAGGAAAGAUGGAGGUGAAAGCAUGCCGCAGUCCUCCUCUUCCGCGCUGAAGUCACGGGAUACGACAGGGAGCCUGAUGGCGCUGUCGCAGGAUUUUGACAAGGGCGGCUCCAGGUCAAAGCAGCAGUCACUGCACGAGCUGCUGAAGAUUCAGAGGGAGUUGGAGAACGAUUACAAGAAUGUCAUCGGGAAGGGGAGGGCUGCUCGCAACAUUGCGAAGAAGUUCCACCUGAAGGAAAACAAGAAGACGAAGCUCGGAGCGAUGCGAUCAGAACCCUUGUGA